UGCUUGUAUUUGAUUGACAGGAAACAUGUCGGUAUGGUGGGAGAGCGCCGGGAUGCAGCUGAUGGAAGAGGAGACGGGGAGUACCUGCGCCCAGUUUAGAUAUCACCUUUAGAACUGCUUUUGCGGCACUGUAUCAUUAGCCGUUCUCUUAGCACGCGGCAUCUUGAAGGUUUAGGUUUAUGUAAAAUAGUAAGAGCUUUUAUUGGUUUCCACUGGAGCCAUGGUGUUGCUGUAAAUUUAUUCCUCUUCGUUAGCAGUAUAUAGUGCUUGAAUCAGCCCCCAUCAAAACCACAAACUGCACUACCCAGAUGAAAACACACCGCCAGGAUAUACUAAAACGACAACAAUGGAGUCGCCUUUCACGUAGAUUCUCGCUUUUUCAAUUUACAUAGGCUAAUUUGUCUCGGCUUUACGCGUCUUAUUUACUUUUACGCGUUUGGUUUUCUUUUCGGUUGACCAAGGUAAUCUUCAACAGCAUUUUUAAAAGUACAAAUUUAAUCGACCACUGCUUGCAAAUUAUGGACGAAGAUAAUAUGACAAAAAGCGAAGAGCAGCAUCUGAGUUUGCAAAAAGCCUUGCAGCAGUGCGAGCUGGUGCAAAAUAUGAUAGACAUAAGCAUUUCCAGUUUAGAGGGUUUAAGGACCAAAUGUGCCACAUCCAACGACUUGACACAGAAAGAGAUACGUACGCUGGAGGGCAAGCUGGUGAAGUAUUUCAGUCGCCAACUGUCUUGCAAGCGCAAAGUGCCCUUACAGGAGCGGAACGUGGAACUGGAAGGCUUCCCUCAGCUUGGUCACUGGUUCCGCAUCGUCAACAUGAGGAAGGAGGUCACUGAGGAGAUCAACCUGGGCCAGUUAACCCUGGAGGCGCUGUUGGACAUGAACGACGAGCAGGUGUGCGAGACCCUGCAGAAGUUUGGUGCCAACGUGGAGGAGUGUGCCCGCCUCAACGCCUCGCUCUCCUGCCUCCGCAGUGCCCACAAGUCAGAACAACUUGAGGAUGACAAAUUUCACGCUAAUGGAGGAAGCACACAGGUCAAGCAGGACUGGUCCAUUCAGUGGCCGACAAGCGAAUCUGGGAAGGAGAACAACCCGGCGUGCCAGCCGGAGCCCAGCCAGUGGAUCAGGCUUCAGCUCUCCCAGAGCCCCAAGGUCCAGUCCAAAUACAACCAGCACCACCAGCAGCACCUGUGCCACAGCCCCCAGGGCUUGGCGCCGGCACUGACGCCCUCGUCCUCCUCCCAGGCUGACCGGCUGACGGUGGACGCCCACGCAGGCCUCUUUCCCUCGCUGGACUCGGGCUACCGCUCGCUGCCACCAUCGCCGCGCCAGCGCCACUUUGCCCACACACCGCCGCGGACACCGCUAGUGGUCAACGCCAGCAUGACGCCGCCUGGCACACCGCCCAUGCGCCGGCGGAACAAGGUGAUGAAGGCGCCGGUGACGCCACCGCUGUCCGGACGCAAGCUCAUCCACCUGUUGCCCGGCUUCAGCACACUCCACCGCAGCAAGUCGCACGAGUUCCAACUGGGCAACCGCAUUGAUGAUAUGCAGACGCCAAAGGCGAGGAAGAAGAACAAGCCGCUGAACCUGAAGAUCCACAGCAGCGUGGGCAGCUGUGAGAACCUGCCCACCACCCAGCGCUCGCCUCUCCACACCGAGCGCUCGCUGCGCUCCUUCUUCUUCCCAUCCUAUGUGCCCUCCACGCCACCUGUCCACUCCGACGCCUCCACGCCCUCCGCCAACACUCUCUUAGUGCCUCGAUGGUCCCCACAAAUUCCUCGCCGAGACCUCGGAAACUCUAUCAAACACAGAUUUUCCACCAAAUAUUGGAUGUCUCAGACAUGUACAGUUUGCGGAAAAGGAAUGUUGUUCGGACUAAAAUGUAAAAACUGCAAGUUGAAGUGCCACAAUAAAUGUACCAAAGAGGCCUCCCCAUGCCACCUGCUGAUCAUGCCUCGCGGAGGUAGGGUUUCACCGGCAGGUAGUGAUGUUUCUCUCCUAAUGCUGGACCAUCAAGGAACAUCUCAAGCUCGAUUAGUCAGGACCGAGUCUGUACCUUGUGACAUCAACAACCCCCUUAGGUACACAGACCUGCACAUCAGCCAAACGCUCCCAAAAACCAACAAAAUCAACAAGGACCAUAUCCCUGUUCCGUACCAGCCAGAUUCCAGCAGUAACCCUUCCUCCACCACAUCCUCCACUCCUUCCUCACCAGCUCCUCCUCUUCCUCCCAGUGCUACGCCUCCAUCACCUCUACACCCCUCCCCUCAGUCGGCACGGCAACAGAAACCCUUAAGCCUAACAACUUCUCAUUACUUCAAAUACAAGCAGCAGUUCAUCUUUCCUGACGUGGCCCCAGAAGUUCCCACCAGAGCACCACAGGUCAUUCUGCACCCUGUUCUAUCUGAGCCCGUUAACACUGGAAACCCUCUCCUGCAAAUCGAAGUGGAGCCCACAUCAGAUAACGAGGAAGGAAACGACGAGGCGGAUGACUCAGCGGACGAGUUCGAGGAGAUGAACCUGUCGCUGCUCUCGGCCCGCAACUUCCCGCGCAAGGCCAGCCAGACGAGCAUCUUCCUGCAGGAGUGGGACAUCCCCUUCGAGCAGCUAGAGAUCGGCGAGCUCAUCGGCAAGGGCCGCUUUGGCCAGGUCUACCACGGCCGCUGGCACGGCGAGGUGGCCCUCCGUCUCAUCGACAUCGAGCGUGACAAUGAGGAUCAGCUCAAGGCCUUCAAGCGCGAGGUGAUGGCGUACCGGAACACGCGCCAUGAGAAUGUAGUGCUGUUCAUGGGCGCGUGCAUGAAUCCACCGCACUUGGCCAUCAUCACCAGCCUGUGCAAAGGGAGGACCCUCUACUCAGUGGUGAGGGAUGCCAAAGUCAUCCUCGAUGUCAACAAGACCAGACAGAUUGCUCAGGAGAUGGUGAAGGGUAUGGGCUAUCUGCAUGCAAAGGGCAUCAUCCAUAAAGACAUGAAGUCCAAGAAUGUCUUCUACGACAAUGGUAAAGUGGUUAUCACUGACUUCGGCCUAUUCACAAUAUCUGGAGUACUGCAAGGUGGAAGUAGAAGACAGGACAAGCUGCGGAUCCCCAGUGGAUGGCUCUGUCACCUGGCCCCUGAGAUUGUGCGUCAGCUCUCCCCCGACACUGAGGAAGACAAGCUCCCCUUCUCCAAGCAGUCCGACGUCUUCGCUUUUGGCACAAUAUGGUACGAGCUACACGCACGCGAGUGGCCUUUCAAGAACCAGCCAGCGGAAGUUAUCAUAUGGCAGGUCGGCUCGGGCAUGAAGCCAAACCUCACUCAGAUUGGCAUGGGCAAAGAGAUAUCGGACAUUCAGAUGUUCUGCUGGGCCUUUGAGCAGGAGGAGCGUCCCAGCUUCUCUAAACUGGUGGAACUGCUGGAGAAGCUUCCCAAGCGCAACCGCCGCCUCUCUCACCCUGGCCACUUCUGGAAAUCAGCUGAGCUGUGACAGAGGCAGCCAUUGGACUGUGUCUUAUUUUCUGAAGCUCGUCUCUCGUCUCUAGAGCCUCUAAACCCAGCCCUAUGCCAAACGCCUCUCUCCCCCUUCACCCCCUACCCCAUCUCCCUCCACACGUCUGCCCAGACACACACACCAUGUACGCCACCAGCACUUCCUGCAAGCUGCAUCCCCUCCUCCACUCAUCCCAACUCUCUCUCACACACACAUACACACACACACACACACACACAUACCUAUUCACCCACUGUCCGCCCGAAAGUCUGUGAUUGUCCCCAGUUUCUCCCACUUUGCACCAAGAAGUGAGAUGUCCAUCCAGUGUGGUGGCCCCUGCUUAGAUGAUGCCUGAGGCCUGGACAUUGCAGCAGAAGGAAGGAGGAGGAUGAUGAAGAUGAGGAAAGUGAAAAGAAAGGUGGGGAAUGGAAGAUGGGAGGGGGGGCAUCCCUUCUCACCCAGUCCCAUUAACUGACAUCCUUCAGAGCAAUUGGAUCCCACCAUGUCAUUCACAUCCAUCAUGUUUAUUCCCAUGUGCGGCCUCUGCUGCUGCUGCUGCUGUUGUUGUUGUUGUUGAUGAUGAUGAUGAUGAUGAUGACAGUUUUAUUUAUCUUUACACACAUAAUUUGUGCGUUUUUUCAAAUAUGAAUGAAACAAAAGGACUGAAAAGUGAUACAAUACAAUACAAUACAAUAAGUCCCUCAUACUGACAUUCAGAAACCAAAAUGAAUGAAGGCUGGCUAAUAUAACAAAUAACUUAAAAUGGUUAGGGACAUGGAGUGAUAAAGUCAGAUUUCUUGUUACUACAUCUUUGGUUUUUAUAAAUGAUUACACCUAUACUGUGAAAUCAGUGGUGUGUUCAAAGCAAUUCUGUCAUUUAUAAAUGGAAUUCACACCUCAGAUGUUCCUAGAAACCACCAACAGUGUCACUGCUAUAAAUCAUUCACGCUUCUCAUACCAUUUUAAUUACUUUACUUAUUGUUUCCCAUUGAAAUGUUCUCCAGGGUAAAUGUAGGAGAUUGAAACGUUCUGUAGGGUACAUUUAUCCUCAAACUAUACUUUUUAUGAUCCUAUAAUGUGGAGUUCAUAGGAUGCCUGUAAACCAAAGACAAACUUAAGAGGUAGAAUGAAUGAUAUCAGUUAUGCUCAAAUGCCCCCCCCCCACCCUUUACUGCCUAUCUGUUCACUGGUUGAGGAUGGUUCUAAAAAGUUUUGUCUCCCAAACUACACCCCCCCCCCCCCCCACACACACACACACACACAGAUUAUACAGUCUAGAUAGCUGUCUAAUUUAAGGGAGAAUAAGCAUCGAUCAACUCAGAAAUAUUUGUAGGUUAACUCCAGUUGGCAGCAAUUCUCGUGUCGUAUAGCCUACUAUGAAAAUGUAUGAUAUUCUGUGAAUGAAUAUUAAUUCAAAUGGAGUCAAUACCCACGUCAGUAAGAUAAUUGCUUGUUAUUUUGUGUCAGGUUGUAUAAUUGGUGUUUUUCAGCUAAUGUUUGCAGUUUGAAUCCCGGAAAACAAAUACUGUAAUAGAGAUUUGCCUUAGUCAUACAUUGUAUGCUGAGACCUCGGCAGGGGGUAGCAGUUAAUUGUGUCAUUGUAGGUGUUUAUGUUUUUGUUGUCUUUGAAAAGAUGUGUGUGUGUGUGUGGGGGUGGGUGGGUGUGAAUACAUGAGCAUGCACUGGGGUUCCUGAUGCCUGAUUACCGCAACUAGGCUACAGAAGAAGAUGAUGUUGAGGUUGCACAUUCCAUACACGUAAUCAAAAUGUCCAAAGCGAGGCACUAGCUCAUCUUAUUUUAUUUCUGUACAUGAUCUUGGCCAAGAAUCUUUUCUUAAAAUAAGUACAUGGGCGGGAGACACUGCACAGAGAAUUUAAUUAGAAUAUUUUGACACCAGUUCAGCAUUCAAGCUUGCCUAAUGUUUGUAAUUCCAGGCAGAGGGAUGAUUCACCAUUUUAGUGCUGUUUGAAUAAUUCACAUGAUCAGUGUAGAUUUGCCUGAAUAACCCAGUUAAAGAGACUGGAGGUCUCAUUUAAUUUAAUUUAAUUCAUCUCAUUGUCAACAGAGUUGAGACUUUUUUUUUUCAGUAUACAUCAGAAAACAUCCAGGAUUUUUUGUUAGAUUAUAUACAGGCAUUGUCAAAGGCAUUGUUUGCACUGGGCAUGCUGAAAAUGUGAGGACAUAUUAUAUAUUUUGUAAUUGAGAGCAUUGAGGUAUUAUACAGUAUGGGAGAAAGAAACAGAUUGCUAAUUCCAUUCGUUUAACAAUAUACUAUCUUCAAUCCAAUCACAUUCAAUGACCAGGAAGAGUUACCGAAGAUUUUUUGCACUGGCUGGCUGCAAACACUCAGAUGAGCAUUGACCACAGUCACCAAAAGCCUUCAUUUAUUGGUCAGACAGGCACAUCAGUAUGGGGGCCCAUGGGACACAAACGUCCUGCCACCAAAUUAGAAAACUAAAAGCUAACUUUUUAACCUGACCCCUUGAUUGAAAACCUAUUCCAUUCGAUUGCUAAGUCCGACGUCACAGGCACAACAGCCAGCCGGUUUUCGCAACUUGUAAACCUUGUCACCAUCACCUCCGUUUUAGUGAGGGUAAAACAAUUGCUUAACUUCAAAAGACUAAUUACUGUAGCUGUGCAGCCAGAUGAUAUAAUCAAGGGUAACGUCAAGGCUUCCGCGAAAAAAAGGAUUUUAUUAGGUUGAGGCUGGCAACAAGUGAGUUGUAGCCUAGGAUGACAACUGUCUUAAAGGCUAGGCCUACUAUGAAUAGCCAAACAUUGUUUUUUAUUUUGCUGUCUAUGGAAAAAAACGAGUGGCUCUGAGAGCAGUUGGACCCGGAAAUUAUCAGCCCAUUAUUGCAUCAUGACUUAAUAGCCGAAUUGACUUGAAAUGUCAAAGACUUGACCUUUGACAUUUCAGUGGCAUCAUGUCCUGUGCAUGAUGGCUGAGGGUUAGGCAAAUUCUUUAAUGCUCAAAUUUGUCUAUUCUAUUUCUAGAACCUUUUUAGACAUAAGUGACAACAGUUUAACAUCAAUAUGAGAUUUUGGCCAUUUUCUUGUAUUUCUUCAUUCAAACUCAUGAAAAAUAGCUCUCCUCUUGUCUUAGCCCAAGUCUAAUUUAAGUGCAACUUAGUCUCUCAAAAUUCUGUUCUUCUUAAUCUAUCCUUAUUGCUCUUUAUUUCUCCUAAGGGGUUUAAAAGAAACAGGUAAGAUCUCAGUAAGAGCUGGUUUAUUUCUUGUGAGACAAAUGGAAAAAAGUUGAGAUGAGGAAGAUUCACACCGCUGCACUCUUCCCCUGUACGUACAUAGCUCAUCUACAGUAUCACUAUCCCUGUUAUUGAGAUUAGUAGUGAAAUGAGCAACAGAAUUAGAGGUAGAACUGAAUAUGAUGCUUUGGUCAUAUUUAUGCGUUAGGCAUCUAUUUGAUUAACAUUUGUUAAUGUCUUAGUUACCCUCAUCAAAUUAGCAAUGUUGACUUUACAUGUCAGCUUUGUUUAAUUGAAUGAAUUGCACUAUUCAGGAUCUCUACUUUCAUGUUAUUCAUUAUUUUUGAUUAGCCAGCAACAUCAGCAGUAACAAAUGGCAACUAGUGUUAAUUGCUGCAGGUAAUAUUCUAUUGAGAUCUACUGUAUUUUGCUAAUGCUAAUUUUGGGAAUCUUUGUAUAAAGUGUUUUCUAUGGACAUUUCUCAUGCUUGUGUCCUAUGCUUGCAUCAGUCAAACCCAACCUGCCUAAACCAAAGUGGACGAAAACAUAUGUCUGAAAGUGACAUUGCCUCUUUGAUUGUUUUGUCUAUGGGAGCCUCGGAAGCGGUAACAGGUGUCUUGUUAUUCAACAUAAGGUGUGAUAUCUCAAGGUUACUGUUUUACAUUUCAGAUGUUUUUUUGUCACUUGGCUUACUGAGUCAUAUGAAUCUCUGAGUCUACAGGAUUGUUUUGUUGGAUUCUUUUUCGUCAACUGAAUGAGUUUGGGCUCUAAUUUGUUGGUUAUUCUGUGACCUAAAAUCUGACCAGGACAUGAUUUCUUUUGUCUUUACAUGUAAUUUCCUUUUUUUUAAAUUGUAUUACAUUAGAAGACUGUAUAAAUGUACAACUAUGGGUAUGUGUUAGUAUAUGUAGCCCCCUCUCACUAUGACAGGCAGUGAAGGAAAGAAACAAACAAUGAUAUGAUUUAAUACAAAGUUUAAAUCGUCAGGAAAUAAUCAGGGCAAACUGAGUUACACCCAUUUUCACAGAUAAUUGGUGUUGUUAGACAUGUUUACUUGUAAUUAGACAGAGCUCAUGCUUCAUAAUUAUCAGGGGUCGUUAUCAUCACCAUCAUCACAGCCACCCUUCCUUUUAUGAAUGCAUUCACAAAAUCAUUAAAUAAACUCUGUAUGCAUUUUGACAAGCAAAACAGUAAUUGUGUAAAAAUAAUCAUGUAUAUUUGUACAGUAAUAUUUAUAUAAAGUUUUUCUACAGUUUAUAAUUUCAGCUUUCAGCUGUUCAACUGAAUGUCAGCCCUUGAACACUGCAGGUCUUUCUAAAGUGUUUCGGUUGUGAAGCUUUUGGUCUUGUACUGUCCACAGACAAUAAAUAAAGACCUAUUGGUUAAGA